GGGGAUUUUUCCAGUGCACCGACCGGUGCUGCGGGACACUGGCGCUGGUCUGCCCACGUCUGCUUCGAUGUGCGCCUGCUCUCCACGAAGGCACCGCGAGGCGCGGCAGCUCCGGCAGGCACGCCGACGGGACCGGACUUGCCGGCAGUGCAGCUGGAGAGCUUGCUCAUCCACGAUUACAUCCAGUCUCAGGAGCAGCAGCAGAUGCUGCGGAGCCCUGUGCAGGCCGCGACGGAGCCGCGGCUGGACGAUGGCGACGGAGACAUGGAAACGCUGUUCCUCCCGGACCUUGACGAGGAGGGGGCGGCCAGCGCCAACGAGGAGACGGAUGCCACUGACGUCAACGCUGCGACGGCUUCGGAAGAGGAGGCGCCGUCGUCGCACGUCGCCGUGUGCCUGCUGGACCCCGAGGCGCUGCAAGGGGGCCGAUUGGAGGAGCUGUCCGAGCAGGACCGGGCCGCGCGACGGGAGGUGGACCAGUUGUUCCACCCGGACAGCAUGUGGCCGUGGGAGGAUCUCGCUCCCGAGCUCCGCGCGCCCGCCCCUGCGACGCUGCCCCCGGCAGCCUCGAAGGGAGGCCCCGCGCCGCUGUCGGUGCUCCAGGAGGAGGGCAGCACGGCGGUGCUGUACGUCGACCCCGCCGGCGUGCAGGUGGUCGACAACCACUUCACGCGGAGGGCCGAGCCGAAGGACCUGGACCACCCGCGAGUUACGCGGGAUGAAGCGCUGAUCUUCCCCGAGAUCCGACCUCCGCUGCCGCUGGCGUCCGCGGUGCGCAGACCGCUGGUGGUCGCCUCGGCGCGCGACGCCGUCCUAGGGCGAUUUCGCCUUGCCCCGAGCCCUGGAGCCCUCACGGACCGGCCGCCCGUGCCGAGAGAGCCCCCCGCGGUCCGCGUGGGCUUCGAGGGCCUCUGGCCUCCCGGGGGCGCGGCCGGCUCGCUGCGCAGGGGCUCGCUUCGCCAGGGCUCGAUGAGCGCCAGGGCUCGCUUCGCCAGGCCGCGGCCCCCGCCUGGAAGCGGCAUGCGCGGCGCCCUCGGCUCCGUGCCCACGCCGCACGCGGCGGCGAGGCUGGCCCCGAGGCGUCCCUGGGAGCCGGCGCCGCCGUACUUGGUGCAGCACCAAUGCGUGCCGGCACCCAGCGCCGCGCUGGCCCCGCCGUGGGCGCAGCGCCAGCCGGGGAAGGGCGGAGCCAGCGGCGGCUGCGGCCCCGAGGGCGUCGGAGCAAGCCAGGAGCAGGCGCAGAGCGUGAACGCGCUGCAGGGCGCGUGGAGCAACAUGGACUGCCCCAGCGAGCACUACGUCAUCGCGGGGCACUGCGUGACGCGAGUGGACGCCCAAGGUCCCCAGCACUUCACCCUGCAUUGGGACCAGCAGAACAGGCGGCUGCAGUGGGGCACCCACGGCCGCCUCCACCUCGCGUGGCUCUGCGAGGGCGUGAUCGCCUGGGUACCGUCGGUCAGCAACGCCCGCGCAUGGCGCUGGCAGCGCGCGGCGGCCCCGGCGGCCCCGCCGGCGCCGCGCCACCUGGAGCGGCCAGGCCUCACCGCACCCGCGGUGGUCCCGCCGCCGGCCGAGCUCAGCUGGCGCGGGGGCCGUGCGGAGGGCCGCUGGGCGGAGCCGGGCCACGCCGCGGCCGACCUGCGCUCCUUCGUCCCCCCGGAGGCCGUGGGGCUGCUGCACGGUUACGCGCCCUGGCGCCGGCCCAGCGUGGCCGCCCGGCCACCCUGCAGGGUGCGCCUGUCGCAGCCCUACGCUGCGGCGGCGCCGGGAGGAGGCCAGGGCGCGAGCGGCAGUGCGCCGGGCGGGCGGCGCGCUGGGCGCCAGCAAGGCGAGAAGCAGCUCCCGUGCGGGCUGCGCGCGUCCGAGGUGGCUGACCUGCUGUACCGCGAGAUCACCCCCAACGACUACGAGACGCUCCUCCGUCUCGACGACACGAUCGCGAGGCCGACGGUGAGCGCUGGUGGGCUCGGCAGCCUGCCGCUGGCGCCCUGCGACGACUUCCUGGGAGAGCAGUGCUCCGUGUGCCUGGCGGCGUUCGAGGCCGCCGACGAGGUGAAUUCCCUUCCGUGUGGCCACCACUUCCACCGGGCCUGCAUCGGCAAGUGGCUCGGCGAGUGCAGUCGGCAGUGCCCCCUCUGCGGGACGUCGUACGAGAGCGACAGCUCAUCUUCGCGGCCACAGUGA